AUGGCAGACGACGGACGCGAACCUCGCGAGGUCAGGAACCACCUCCUCUUCGAGAUUGCGACAGAAGUGGCGCAUCGUGUUGGUGGUAUCUACUCUGUGAUCAAGUCCAAGGCUCCAGUAACAACUGCUGAAUAUGGCGACCGUUACACGCUCAUCGGACCCCUUAAUCACCAGUCUGCGGCCGUCGAGGUCGAGGCGAUCGAACCCACCAACCCCGAGCUUGCUGCGACGAUUCAGUCCAUGAGGGAUCGUGGCAUUGGUAUUCUGUAUGGUCGCUGGCUGAUCGAGGGUGCGCCAAGAGUCCUUCUCUUUGACACGAAAACCGCAUAUCAUUAUCUGAACGAGUGGAAGACGGAUCUGUGGAACGUGGCCUCUAUCCCCUCCCCUGAUAAUGACGAGGAAACAAACGAGGCUGUUGUGUUUGGUUACCUUGUCGCAUGGUUCCUUGGAGAGUUUGUGUGCCACGAAAAGAAGAAGGCUGUCAUUGCCCACUUCCACGAGUGGCUCGCCGGUGUCGCCCUUCCUCUGUGCAAGAGGCGCCGUAUUGAUGUUACCACCAUCUUCACCACCCACGCUACGCUUCUCGGUCGGUACCUCUGCGCCGGCUCGGUCGAUUUCUACAACAACCUGCAAUACUUUGACGUCGACGCCGAGGCUGGCAAGCGCGGUAUCUACCAUCGGUACUGCAUCGAGCGGGCGUCGGCUCACUCCUGUGAUGUCUUCACCACCGUCUCGCACAUUACCGCGUACGAGAGCGAGCAUCUCUUGAAGCGCAAGCCCGACGGAGUGCUGCCCAAUGGUCUCAACGUCACCAAGUUCUCCGCCAUGCAUGAGUUCCAGAACCUUCACCAACAGUCCAAGGAGAAGAUCCACGACUUUGUCCGCGGUCACUUCUAUGGUCACUACGAUUUCGAUCCUGAAAACACUCUCUACUUCUUCACGGCUGGUCGCUACGAGUUCCGGAAUAAGGGUGUAGACAUGUUCAUCGAGUCCCUCGCUCGUCUGAACCACCGCCUCAAGAGCUCUGGCAGCAAGACCACCGUCGUUGCCUUUAUCAUCAUGCCCGCCCAGACCACCUCGCUGACUGUGGAGGCCCUCAAGGGCCAGGCCGUUAUCAAGUCGCUCAGAGACACCGUGGACACGAUUGAGCGCAACAUUGGCAGACGCAUUUUCGAACGCUCCCUCAAAUGGCACGACGGAGAGCCGAUGCCUGAUGACAAGGAGAUCCUCACCAGCCAGGACCGUGUCUUGCUUCGUCGCCGUCUCUUUGCCAUGAAGAGGCACGGACUUCCCCCUAUUGUCACGCACAACAUGAUCAACGACAGCGAGGAUCCUAUUCUGAACCAGAUCCGUCGGGUACAGCUCUUCAACCACCCAUCGGACCGCGUCAAGAUCAUCUUCCACCCAGAGUUCCUGAACUCUGCGAACCCGGUGCUCCCGCUUGACUACGACGACUUUGUGCGUGGCACACACUUGGGUGUCUUUGCGUCGUACUACGAGCCAUGGGGCUACACGCCAGCCGAAUGCACCGUGAUGGGUGUGCCCAGCAUAACAACCAACCUUUCCGGUUUUGGCUGCUACAUGGAGGAGUUGAUUGAGAAUUCGAGCGAUUAUGGUAUCUACAUCGUCGACCGCCGUAACAAGGGUGUGGACGACUCGGUCAACCAGCUUACCUCGAGCAUGUUUGACUUUACACAAAAGAGCCGUCGCCAGCGCAUCAACCAGCGCAACCGGACGGAGCGUCUGAGCGACCUCCUUGACUGGAAGCGUAUGGGCAUGGAAUAUGUCAAGGCUCGCCAGCUCGCCCUCAGACGGGCCUACCCAACCUCGUUCAAUGGUGACGAGGAGGAGGACUACAUUCCUGGCCCCGAGCAAAAGAUCUCGCGGCCAUUCUCGGUGCCUGGCUCGCCCAGGGACAGGACCGGCAUGAUGACUCCUGGCGACUUUGCCAGUCUCCAGGAGGGUCGGGAGGGACUCAGCACUGAGGACUACGUCGCGUGGAAGCUUCCUGAGGAAGAGGACCCCGAUGAGUACCCGUUCCCUCUCACCCUUCGAACCAAGCAACCCAGCGGAGCGGCGACGCCCCCUCACGUCAACGGCAACUAA